UCUUUGGUGGCUACAUAUAAUUCCGUUCUAUAUACUGACACUUUUCUAGUUGUCAAAGUAAAUAUGUUCACAGGGAAAAAAAACGUGUUUAUUGCUAUUUUGGCAUUUAUUUUAUACUAUUUUAAGAACAUUUUUGAAGAUGAUCUUCCACCAGUCGUAGAGGGAUUCUUUCUUCCAGAGUUUAGAUCUGUUGCAGAAUUAUUUAGGAAACAAGUAGAAAAUCAUAAAGAGAAAGGAGGCAACUUCGCUGUGUAUUAUAAAGGGGAGUUAGUGAUAGAUUUGUGGGGAGGCUAUGCUGACAGAGAUUCUCACCAGAGAUGGAAGAACGAUACUCUAGCCACGCUGUUUUCCACCACAAAAGGAGUAGCAGCCAUACUUGCGGCCAAACUUGUAGACCAAGGACAUUUAGAUUACAAAGAACUAGUAUCACAUUACUGGCCUGGGUUUGAGUCUAAUGGUAAACAGAAUGUUACGGUAGAGAUGUUGUUAAGUCAUCAGGCUGGACUUUCUUACAUGGAUGAAAAAUUAACUUUAAACGAUGUGGUAUCGGAUCCAGAAAAGUUGAGAAAAACACUAGGGGAUGAACGUCCAAAAUGGCCGCCAGGCACAGGUUUUGCUUAUCAUGGUAUUACUUUCGGAUUUUAUAUUGACCAACUGUUACAACUGGCUGAUCCACAGAAGAGAAGAGUUGACAGGUUGCUUAUAGAAGAAAUAGCGGAACCAUUUAAUUUAGAAUUAUAUAUUGGCCUACCAAAAUGCGAAAUUUACCGUACUGCAAGAUUUGAGUUAGUUACUGUUACUAAAUACGUUGCAAAGUUAAUAUUUACACCGUCACUGUGGAGAAGACUAUGGAUAUUCCUGAGGUAUCCAGAUAGCAUUGCGACUAAAGGGACACGAGUUAUGAUAGACCCAAUUACUAAUGAUCCUGCGCGAAGGUGUGUGCCACUUUCGUCUUUUAACGGUCAUGGCAAUGCAAGAUCAUUGGCUAAGUUAUAUGGAAUCCUGGCAAAUGGUGGGAAAGACAAGGGGAAAACUCUAUUGUCAUUGGAAACCAUACGUACACUAUUUUCUCCAAUCAUCUCUGGUCUUACUUUAGACCUUGGAGAAUAUGAGGUACUAGGACGAGGUUUAGCAGAAUAUCACAACACUGAGGGAGAUAUUUGCUAUGGUCAUCCUGGUUAUGGCGGACAGAUGGGAUUUUCAGAUGUUAAAGACAACAUUGGAAUGGCCUAUCUGACAAAUGAUCUUUCUGUAUAUGGAGUUGGAAAUGAUCCAAAGUUUCUGGCCUUACAAAGACAGUUCUACAAAGCUUUAGAACAAUACAAGAGAUAAGAUAUUAUAAUGAUAAACAGAAUCUCUUAUAUAAAAAAAAGAAGUUCGUCUAUUAUAUACACAUAUAUCUUUUUUUAUACUUUUUAUACUAGUAAACAAUGUACUAUCUGUGAUUACAUUUGAUUAUUGUAUUUAGUUAUUUAUAAAACGGCAAUAUUAUGAGCAUUUUUAAACUGUACAACAGUUAUAUGUCAUGAGGAUAGUAUUACUUUAGUGUACUGUAUAUUGCUGUGUUGUACUGUAUGUUGUUAAUGAACCAUUCCUAUGCAGUUAACUUUAUGAAAAUCUUUAAUAAAGUCCUGUGGGUAAUUUUAUUGAUAAAAUUCCAAAAUGAAAAUAAUGUCACAUUAUAUAUCAUGUCCAUCAUGGUCCAUAGUGCUGUACGUUGUAAAUGAUGUGUGAUUUGAAGAUAUUACCCAGAUAGCUCUAGAUUCAGAAAUUGUACAUUUUGUAUUUGCAACAGCUGUAUCCGAUGUACGAUAAUGCACAGUCAGUAGAUAGUUUGUGAUUGCAUGAUUUUACAUUCCAUUUACUGUUAUACCAAUAUGUUGUUUUUUUAUUUCAGCAGCUACAAUUUUCAACACAUUAAUUUAUAUGUAUUCAUUUAAACAAUUGCAUUUUUGUCAUUUUUGAAAUGUAACAUAAUUUAUCUUACUUCCUAUAUAUUUCUAUGAAUAUGAUUGGUUAUAUUAAGCGUCCGCGUGAAUAUCGUGCAUAUUUCAUAUUAGGUUAGUAGGGAGGCGGAUCUUAUAUCACACACGGUUAGUAGUGGUGUUACGUCGCUUUAUAUUUCAUAUUAGGUUACAAGGGAGGUGUGGCUCAUUUCGUUCACGGUAAGUAGUGGUGUUACGUCCCUUUAUAAAAACUAGUCGGUAUUGAGAAAAAAUCUUAAAGGUUUCAACAGACGAAGAAAUUCAUGUUUGAAAUUGAAAUAAAUUCAUAAAACACAUUUAAACCCAGCAAGUUGUUAUUGUUGGCAUCUGUUUUUGUAGGAUCAAUGGAAGUAGUUUCUUAAUGCCAACAGUAUUGAAGACUUGCUCAUUUUGAGAGGUGACUAGUCUAAAUUUCACACGUGAAGAUAGUCGGUAAGAUACAUUUUGUUACAUAGUGUGCUAGUGCCCUUAUACGGUAUAUAUGGGGUCAGUAAAUACCAUAUGGGGUGAGAGCGAAACUAAUAGUAUUUUGCCUUAAAGUCAUAAGAAACCUCAUAUUAAAAAAAAUAUAUGCAUAUGUUUUUUUAUAACUAAAUGGAUAGUUUUCAUUAUACAACUUAUGUACAUAUACUUUUUUCUGAGGAAAAUUCUUUAAUUUGUCCACAUUUAGAAGAAGUUUACUUAUUUUUAAUUGCUUGCUUCCAAGAAGCAAUUCGCCGACAUAUUUUCCGUUUGCAUAGUGACCCGAGCAUAACCCUCCUCGUAAAAAUCCGGUGACCACAAUACGCAUAGAUUUGUCAUUGAAAUAAACAAAUAUAUGAUUAUGCAUGCAACACGUGAUCAAUACCAAUGCUUUUUGUGCUUUGUUUACUAAACGAUGACAAUCGGUAAAACUCGGCUUCAAAACACGGCAUUUAAUGAGGAGCCAUAUUUUUUAAAUCAUAACAAACAAUGAGAAAAAAAAUAAUUAACGAUUAAAUGAUAUAUUUGCGAAAAUAAUGAUAAAAUCGUGCACAGAGGACUAAGUUUAUGAUGCAUUGGUUCAAGAAUUGGACAAACAGUAUUUUUCACCACUCACUCGUUUCAUAUGACUUUAAGAAGUUUGUUAUUUUCGCAUAGGUCGUGGUAAAAAACCCACUUGUGUAUUUGUUCCGGACCAUAUGAGUAUUUGGACCAUACGCGUAUGGUCAUGACCAUAUGCGUAUACUCAUAUGGUCCGACCAUACGCGUAUGGUCCGACCGUACGCGUAUGGUCGGACCAUAUGAGUAUUAUACUCGUUUGGUUAUUAACAGGCCGGACCAUAUGAGCAUUUGGACCAUAUAGGUAUUUUUUCAAAUAUACAAUAGAAAUAAUACGUAUUAGUUUUACAUUUCAAAAGCUACAUAAACAUUAAAUAUUGAUGCCACAGUCAGUUGAUCUUAGUUUACAUCGCUAAUUGUAUUCGUGUUUGCUUUUGUAUACAUAGAAUGACAUCCACACGUUACCAUACAUGUAGCUUUUCUGCGAUUGUUUGUUUUGGCUGCGUGCAGUGAUAUCGACUCGGACAAUUCCGAUGUGUCUACGGUGUUUUAAGAAACUCUAGAUUUCCAAUAUCGUAAAAUGAAUAUCACAGAUCAAAUUAAAUAAAGGCAGUAGCUAGUUCAUGGCUCUUAAAUGCUAUUGUACCGGUCUUAUAAUUAAGUUUAAAAUAGAAUAUAGAAACAAAGAAUAGAAAAAAAUAAAGAAACAUACACUUUUGAUAUUUUUAUGACUAUUGUACUUACAUGUAGUAAGUAAUAUCAACUGUGUGAAACUGUUUUUUUAUAAGUUUGAUUUUAAUAUAGAAUAAAAUGACAUUUAAGUGACGUAACAGCCAGAAGAGUCACACAUAAUGAAGAGUUUAAAAGUAUACGUGUUGAUUACCCCGACCAUACGCGUACGGUCCGACCAUACGCGUAUGGUCGGACCAUAUGAGUAUAUACCCAUAUGGUCAUGACCAUACGCGUAUGGUCCAGAUACUCAUAUGGUCCGGAACAUAUUCAUGAUCUUUGACUUUUUGUUAAUUUUCAUUCUUUGGAUGGCUACAUACUGUUAAUUCGAAAUAAGUAGUUUUCCCGGAUUUUGGAGACACCAAAUACAAAAAUUGGAUAAAAAGUUUAAUUUGUUCUAUUGUUUUUUUCUUAAAUAUUAAUCGUUAUAGACGUUUUGGAUUCUGCUAAUAUGAUUGAUUAAGCAGAUACAUUUAUUGUUAAGUAGUCUUUGAAAUGUUUUAAUUGUUUUCCUAAAUUAAGGAAGCUUUUCGCGGAUUUUUCUAUUUCUUCUAUCCAAUGAUUUUUUAAAGACGUUAUGACCUUGCAUUUCUACUGGUCAUAAAAUUUGUUUUUAUGAUUUCUUUUGAACAAGUUUUUCAAAACCCUUUGUGUCUUUUAUAAUUCCAUCUCAAUUAUGAGGGUAUUUACCUUUUUAAUUUUUCAUUCUUUUUCAUAGGAUGUUAAUGAAAGAUUUUACUUUUUAUUUUUGUCAACACAUUUUCUAAGAUCAGUUGUUUCAAUUUUUAAUAAUUGUGAAAUUAAGCAAUCAUUGAUCUAGGAGUGUCUAUUAUAUACUAAAGGUGCAUAUUGAUCUUUUAUGUUUUGUUAUUUUUUCAUGAACAAUUUUAAUAUAUAUACUUAAUCAUACCAUAGACUACUAUUCCAAAUAUUUGACCCUUUCCGAAAUUGAAAUCACUUAUUUUAUAAUGUUAACAAUUGGUGAAUGAUCAGAUAUAUACAUAUUUAUAUAUGUUUUUUCCCUUUUAUAUGCAUUUUUCAAAAGAAACUCUUGAGAUGACAUUAAAAAAAAAACAAUGCUAGCCUUUUUCAUUGGUCGGUCUAUUUUUAGCUCACCUGACCUGAAAGGUCAAGUGAGCUUUUCUCAUCACUUGGCGUCCGUCGUCCGUCGUCCAUCGUCCGUCGUCCGUAAACUUUUACAAAAAUCUUCUCCUCUGAAACUACUGGGCCAAAUUUAACCAAACUUGGCCACAAUCAUCCUUGGGGUAUCUAGUUCAAAAAAUGUGUCCGGUGACCUGGCCUUCCAACCAAGAUGGCGGCCAUGGCUAAAAAUAGAACACAGGGGUAAAAUGUAUAUUUUGGCUUAUAUCUUUAAAACCAAAACAUUGAGAGCAAAUCUGACAGGGAGAAAAAUUGUUAAUCAGGUCAGAUGAAUCGGACAACCCGUUGUUAGGUUGCUGCCCCUGAAUUGGUUAUUUUAAGGAAAUUUUGCAGUUUUUGGUUAUUAUCUUGAAUACUAUUAUAGAUAGAGAUAAACUGUAAACAGCAAUUUUGUUCAGCAAAGUAGGAUCUUCAAAAAAGUCAACAUGAUAAAAAUUGUAAGAGUACCCCUUAAGGAGUUAUUGCCCUUUAUAGUCAAUUUUGAACAACUUUUCGUCAUUUUUGUAACUUGUACAAAAAUCUUCUUUUCUAAAACUAUGGGCCAUAAUAAACUAAACAUAGCCACAAUCAUUACUAUGGUAUCUAUUUAAAAAAAAAGUGUCUAAUGACCCCACCUACCAACCAAGAUGACCGACAUCAGUAAAUACAGUAACAGGUGAGCGACACAGGCUCUUGAGAGCCUCUAGUUUUCUCCACUUAUAUUUUUUGUUUAUAUCAGGUUAAAUUCUCGAAGGAAUCAAUGAGAUCACAGGUUUCAAUAAGUUCAAGGAACGUUUCUAUUGCUCGCUGAUUACUUCCUUAUUGAUACAAGUAUCUCAUGCUUGAUGCGGACUUAAUUACAAUCUUCGGUCAGAAAAACUUGUUAAUAGUUAACAUGUUGUCUAUUAUUUCAUUGACAUUAUUAUAAAAUGUUUUUGAACCUUUAUUUGGUCGAUACCUAAUAUGUGUUAUUCUUUUACCUUCAGUCGCAAUGUCUACACACAGGAAAGUUCUUGUUUUGAAUAGUUUGAUUUUUAUAUAUAAAAGAGAGAAAGCAUUAAAAAAACACUUUAACUCAAGGUCGAAAAGGGAGACGAAAAUAUAUUAUAUAUUUGGAGUUUGUGAAAAAUCAGGGUGGAGCGAUAUUUUUUCCAGGUGUUUAUUAUAAGUUACCAGGUUUGGCGGUCAUAUAUCGACAAUCAUGAUUAUUUGAAUCUUUUAGUCUAACACAGGAUGUAAGUAUAAUGACUGUGUUCCUCCGCCAUGGUGCUAGGUUAAGCUUUUACAUAUUUGAAUUGUACAUUUUUUUAGCAAAGCGUAUUGUAUGUGUUUUCAUUUUUUCUUGAAUGUAAAUUGACUUACACUCUCCAUGCGAUUAAAGUGUGCUAUGUUGUUUCAGAGAAUGUUUUUGAUUUAUUAUGUAUACAGUUUUAGUAUGAGUAUU